AUGGAAAUGGAAGAAACAAUUGGGGAUGAUGGAGUAGAUAAUGCACCAACUACUUCUGUUCAACGAGUAAACAAAAGCCCUUCAUUACCAUUCAGUGCCAGAAGUUCAAUGCUUCAUGCAAGUGGUAUUCGACGCAAAACACCUCCCACUCGUAUGCCUAGUGCUGAUUCAUCAGCUACAACAUCAGCAGGUUUAGGAAAGAUUUCAGGAAAAUUAGAAAUGAGUGAAGUAAGUCGAGAAUUGGGAAGGCGUACAAAAUCAUUGAGAAGGUACUUGAUUAAUUAUACAGUCGGAUAUCGGUUGUACUUGCAUGAAUUUCGUAAUUUUAGGUUUUAG